AUGGCUUGUGAUCCUCGAUGUCUGUACGAUCUCCCAAAUGAGAUACUCGUGUCUAUCCUCUCGGGCUUUGAAACUCAAGACCUGCUGCCUCUGGUGGUAGUCUCGCGGCGGUUUCAUUCCAUCAUCCUUAGAAUUCUCCAUUUCCGACUUCUCCUCGCCGCCGCCCUCCCGGACUACAAACUGAUCCUGGAGGCGUACCAUCCGAGCAAGCGAUACAGCGACCCUUAUUUAUUUUGCACCUACCUCGGCACCGAUGGUCUCAGCUCGAAACAUGAAGGUGAGGGAAGCCUCUAUGAAGACUGUGACGGCGAAGAAGGCAGGCUCGCGAAAUUAGGUGGGCUCUACAGUCGCUUUAGACCUGAGCGGCCAGGAAUACAGGGUUCAAUGCCUGCACGCCGGAUUGCGGGUGCUGUGCUGAACACGGCGUCGUCCUCCACAGCAUCUGGGACAAUGCCGAUUUACGCCGAUGGAGGCGAUGGAGGCUUCACCAAAGUCAGCCACACCCUGAAUCUCGAUCCCGACGAGUUGUUUGGCCAGUUUUGCGCUUAUGCGAGUCUGGUGCGGCUGGGGCCCCGGAGAGGCGUCUUUCUGAGCAAUGUACACAUCGUGCGAUCGGGCCAAGGCGUCAUGCGAGUGUGGAAACAAUGGCUCCAGGACCGUGCUCUGGAUCUAUGGCAACAAGAGCAAGAGACAGAGGGCGUGCAGCUGGGUCCGACGCCAACCAUGAGCUGCCCCACGAUAGGCGCCGACAAAAACAUCAUGUGGACGGACUACAGAAAGAAUGUCGGUCUGCGGGUUGCAGUGCGUGACCAGAAUGAAGCAUGUUAUGGGAAUCGAGUUUCCGAUGUCGACAAUGUGCAGAUGAGCUUCUCGAUAGAGAUCCAAGGUGAGUUUCUUGCUCUACCUCCCAGUCCAGUUCAAAUGCCAACUGUCCCUGCAGAGCUGGUUGUGCGAACAACGCAUCUGAUGCUGGCCGUGGAGGCGUCCACGCAGCAACAGGGCAAUAUAUCAGGUAAAGCCCUUAUAUUCGGGAAUUUUGCCACUGUAGCCUCGUCAUAA